UAUAACUUUUCAGAUUAAAACAUUUCCUUAUUAAUGUGCUCUGUUCAUGUUAUUUAAGGAGUAAAACUGAAAAUAAAAUGACCAGCAAAGAGAAAUUCAGAGAAAAUCGCAGAGCACUUUCCCACAAAAUGUCCACGAAUAUAAUUUGUGCAUAAGUGUAACUGAGUAAAAGACGAGUUUCCGGUGGUGGUGUAGUUGCAUUGAUACUUGUCCCACGCUGUCGACACGGGGUGAAGAAACACCACUUCAGGAGGUACGCAGCUGUUUAACACAAAAUCAAGUUAAGAUGGUUGGAAAGAUAAAACAUGUUCGUCAGAAGCUUCACCAGGAGCUGUUGAAGCUGGACAGGCCGAGCAGCCUCACUGCACCCCCCGCUUCUAGGCUGCCUCCGAGGUUAGAGAAGCCCUCUGUCCUGGACCUACACAGCUUUACUCCUGCACCUCUGGAGAACAAGCAGAGGGAUAAACAGGCACCGACAGAGAGCUCCUUCCCCUCUGGGAUCUUUGCUGGCACUAAAAUCACCCCAGAGGCUCUGGUACAAACACUGAAUUUUGAGGAAACUCCAGAUGUACCCAUACAUCCCAAAAAAGGCCCAGAAGAGAAGAGAGUCAAGUCAAAGAAGGAGACAAUGAAGGAGAGGAGGGAGAGGUGGCUCAACAAGAUCAGCUCCAUCAAACAGGCCCAGGAGCAGCAGGUGGCCGAGGCACGCAGACAGGCCACCCCCGUGGUCGGAGACCUGAGGCCACUGGUCGACGCCCUGCCAGAGCUCUGUCAGCUCCUUGACCCCCCCACCACUGUAGGCCCCACUGCUCGCCGCAAGAACAGGAAAAACAAAGUGCCAGUGAAGAGGCCCGAGCCCACAGACUUCAGUCAGAUGAAACAGUCGCAGAAACGUAAACUCCUAGAAACAGAGAGCAGCCGCUUCAGCGACGCAGUGAAGACUCUCUCUGGCAAAAUGAAUCCUCUGGCUGACAUUGGUGAACAGCUGAGGAAGAGGAUGAGGCAAGAGGAAGAGCAAGGUCCCAGCUAAAAGAAGCAGCAGCGGCUCAACUGAGACUCAAAUGCUUCCAGACUUUAAAGAUCCCUGAAUCCUGGCCUACACUUGCCUUUGUCUAGGAAACCCAAACCUGUCCACUCUCGUUAAAAAGGAGGAAGAACCUGUAACCUGGAAGCUCCUGACUGGACCCAGAUACACAGCAAAGAGUGGCAUUAAGUGUGGCAUUUGUAAAUGGUGACUUUAACAGAGGUUCCUCUUUCCUCGUUUCCUCUACAGUAAUAAAUCACAAUUCAUUCAAAGCUCAAAUUGAAUGUGUAUUUUCUUAUUUUAAGUUAUAUAUGAAUAUAUAUUUCAGGUGCAUUUGAAAUGGGUGUAAAUCAAAGUCUUUAAUAGUCAACCAUCAGCCUGGUUUCUCUCAGCACCUACACAAUCAUUCCUACUCAUCUAUUUUCAGUAUCUUCUCAUUGUGCUGUAUUCAGAAUAAGAUCAGCUCCAACACUGAGUGACUCAUCAGCAAUAACCAUAGCAACUCUACUCAUGGCCAUGAACAUGUUGUCAGGGCACUGCUGAGCCUCAAACUGUAUGAAAAUAUUGUCAAGCUGUCAUCAGUAAGCAGAUCAACAUGUUUUGGAGAGCUGUGGAAAUGUGCUGCCCAUCAUGGACUUCACACGUGAAGGUCACUGCUCUCACAGCUCACUGCAGAGGAUUUCAAGCCACAGCUAAUUUUCCUUCAUGUAAUCAAACUCUUUCUGCCAAUUAGAAAUCUAGAUCUAUAUUUUCCCCUCCUUACAAAGUAUUUUUUACUAAUAAUUACUCAUAUUCUUAAAAUUAUAAGGUACUGUGUUAAUGUGUCAAUAUGUGAAUGCCAAAAAAUGGUUUCACAUGAUGUUUUUGAGUGUAAAAAUGAAAAAAAUAUUAAGGGCCAAAAACAAAUUAAAACAUCUGUUAUUCUAAAAUGCCAACACGCAACCUAAAAUCACACUAGUGAUGCACACCAUGCAGCACACAACUGAGAAGCAAGAGCUGCCUGUGAUGGAGGUGUUGAUACUUUACUGUAAUAGAAGUAGCACUGUAAAAUUAUUUCAUUAUAAGUCAGAGUCCGACAUUGAAAAUGUUAUGUAAGCAAAAGUAUGAAUCAGUAUCAGUAUUGUCUUGGACUUAAAGUAUCAAAAGGUGAAGUACUUCAUGCUGUUUUAUUAUAGGGUUAUUAUUGCUGUUGUGUUCAUGUGUAUUCAUGUGUCUCUAAUUCUACUUUUUCAUAUACUUCUGAGUAGUUGUAUCUAAUCAAUGCAUCAUAUUAUAGAAUAAAAUCUAGACCAGUAUUUUCCUCAGACAUGUUGCGGAGUAGAAGCAUAAAAUGUAAAAAUAUAGAAAUAUGCAACUAAACUGUACUUGUAUGAUAUAAUCAAUGAUAUUCCUUCACAUUGGGAAAAAAUUA